AUGUUUCGACCUUUUGUAAGGGCCCUCACUUCCCGCCAGACUUGCCUCGCAACCCCACAAAAAAGAAACACGAGCCGUCUCGCGGAAAAGUAGUAAGUUUUUCAUUGUAAUCGACAAAAGUUUGGGUGCAAAAACGAAGCCAAAGUAAGGAGUUUAAUUGUGGGUGGCUACGGUAGGAAGGCGCAAGUCAAGCGGACAAGGCCAGCGGAUGGAGACGGUUGUAAAGACGGUCGGGUCUAAUUAGGGAUAUAAAAAUUGUCUUGGAAGUUCCGAUUGCUCAAGGAAGGUUCGAAGGAGGUGUUAUGGGGAGAAUGAAGGUAAAAUAGAACAGUUGAACUGUCAGCCUGUCGGGAAAAUAAUGUGGAUUAGUCUGGAAAUCGACCAUCAUCGCUUGGCGACGGCUAGCCGUGGCUGAAGAUUUGGUCUGCAACUGCGACGAGGCGAGGACUUUUUUUGUGACAAAUCCACAUUAUUUUCCCGACAGACUGAAACAAUGGAACCACUGAACUAUCAUCCUGUCGGGAAAAUAAUGUGGAUUCGUCCGGGAACCGCCAAUAAUUGCUUUGUAACAGGUAGCCAUGGCUGGAGAUUUGGUCUGCGGCAGCGACGAGGCGAUACGUUUUGGAGCGACAAAUCCACAUUAUUUUCCCAACAGACUAAAACCUGUGCAAUGCGGACCGCAAAAAGCCUUGACGUGUCGGCACACCGUCGCGCGAAAAUGCGAAAAUCUCAACAUUUCCAUUGCGUACUCUCUCGGUGCAAGGAUUCUUGAAUAUCUCGGCUCUCCCGGCAAAGCGCGAGCUGAAAUUUUUGGAAAUUGAUGUGUGGAUUAGUCAGGAUAUAUCUGCAAAAUUUUACGAAUAUCUAUGCGUCGCACUUUAGGCACUUUCUUUGUUGACAAUAAAUUUGUCAUCGUCUGUUUUUUCAUCUCCCGCAUUAAAAAUUUUGUCAUUCCAAAUCUGUUGACGUCACAGAAUUGCCAGUAGUUUGUAUCUGCUGAUAAGACACUGAAAAUACGUUGACAAUUCGAACGCCUACAGAUUAGAUAGGGUUCACAUGAACUUCAGCGUCUAGGAAAAUGUAAACACCGAGGGCAUUCGGGCGUUGUCUGGAAAGGCAAGAAACGGUCGAGAAUACAGUAGCAAAGGUUUGACUGUAAAAAUUUUUUGUUUUGAAGGGGAAGUGCUUUUUUUGGCAGUAAAAGUUGCAUACCUAUUCCUACCGUAGAGGAUAAUGUUUACACAAAAAAUCGGUUUUUUUUCGCACGAAGCUGAUAAAGAGCUCUUCGCGGUUUGCAUUCCCUCUUGGCGGUAAAGAUUGUUCAAUAUCUCGGCUAUGCCUGUAAUGUGACCUAUACCCGACGUGUGGGGUGGUGGCAGCCAGAUGUUUCGCUCCGUCGAAAAAAAGGUUGCAAUCGCACAUCAAAUCUCCCGCUGCGGUUAGCCGUCGCAACGUAGUGAUUAGGCAUGGCUCCGGGCCGGGCUUUGCAAAAUUUUCCGGCCCGGGCCGGGCCGACUGUUUUCUCGGCCCGCCUCCGGGCUUUGAUUUUUAGGCCCGGCCCGGCCCGGGCCGGCCCGGUUUUUUUGAACUCUGAGUUUUGCCCGGAAAAAAAGGAAAAAACAAGCUUCUUCGAUAUAAUUUUUCAUUUUUUCAAACACAAUGCUGAUAGCAAACGUAAAAUGAUCUUAUGUACCUAGGUUUUGCUAAAUUUUUCUUUACAUUUUGCAAAAAUUUGUCAUAAUUUUCCUUUCAUGUCCGCUUUCUUUCUUUCCAGCCUAGUAUAAAAAAUUUCCGGGCCGAACCGGGCCGGGGUUUCCAAAUUUUUCAAGCCCGGGCCCGGGCCGGGCUUGGAGAUUUAAGCCCGAGCCUGCGGCCCGGGCCGGGCCGGGCUGGCCCGGUUUGCAGCCAUUAGUAGUGAUUAGAGGUGGCAAUCGGGCUGGGCCGGCCCGGCCCGGCCCGGCCCGGCCCGGCCCGGUGAUUGGGCCGGGCCUGAGCAGAUUUGAAAAAGCCCUGGGCCGGCCUGACCGCUUCGGCCCGCGGGCCGGGCCGACACUUUCGGCCCGGCCCGGCCCGGAAGGUAGAUGAGUAAAAAAUUUUUAAUGCUAAACCAGCAAAAUAAAGCACAAAUGCUUUGUAUAGAAUGGAUGGAAAUUAGAUCUAACCUUUUUUGACUUAUACGCUGUUUUACUACCUUUUAAAAUUAUGUAUUUAUAUGUAUAUGUAACUUAUUAUGUAAAUGUAAAAUCCCACCCAAAUAUGCAAGGGUCGGGCAAAAAUCUUCGAAUUUUUUAUGAUAAACUUAAAAACUUCCUGUAAUUUUGAUUCCUUGAUGUAAAUGAAAGUGUUUAAACAGCUUUUGGUUAACCAUGUACCUUAUAACGUCCAUACUUUUAUAUAGCUAACUUCCUAUAGGAUUAAAAAAUUUAACACAAUCCAACUUUUUGGCUAAUUGUAAGUUUUAGCUACCUGCACGGAUGUUCCAGUCAUCCGACUAGACUAUUUAGUUUCGCGCAGACACACGUAAAAACCUUCUGGAAAGCAUAAGAACUUCCAGUAGAAAGUGCAAAGACUUUUAUCCAACUUUUCUGUAUUAGCGGGCCAAACCGGGCCGGGCCGGGCCGGCCUGGGCUUUCAUCGGGCCGGGCCGGGCCGGGCCUGAGCAAAUUUGAAAAAGCCCUGGGCCGGCCUGGUCACUUCGGCCCGCGGGCCGGGCCGCAAAAAUCGGCCCGGCCCGGCCCGAUUGCCACCUCUAGUAGUGAUGGGUGAUCCCAAGGCGCGACGAGCCGCCACUAUUUUCCUGACAGACUGAUACACGUCAAAACAAUUCUUUCAGAAAAUUGAAAAGACAAGGAACCUCGGAUCAUUGAUUUUUUUUGCGAAGUGCCACAGAAUUAUCGAGCUUGAAAAAUUAUAUUUUCCUCUUCGAAAAAAACGUUUUUCUCGAAAUUCUCUGGGAAAGUUUUCUUUUGUGACUCAAUAAUUCAGCGACAUUUCGUCAAAAAUCAAUGAUCCGAGGUUCCUUGUUUUUUCACUUUUUCUUUGACGUGUGAUAUCGAAAGUCGGCAGACAACACCUUUUUGCGAAUUUUGGAAUACAACGCUUCAUAAAAAAUAAUUCACAACUCAUAAAAAUUGAGGCCAAACAUUCGCCAUAUUUUUUUCUAAAAAUAAGAAAAUAAAAAAAAUACAUUACACCAUUUUAUUUUCAAUUCAAUUGACUCAAAAUAGCACCCACAUCAUUUCGAGACCCCUACAAAUUUGACCAUUCAAACAUCAAACUUCAUAGAGCCCUGUGACAAGUCUAACAUGAUUACCCAAAGAAAGACAUUCCUUUUUUGGAAUGUCUUAUUUCAGGUGCUUUUAAGUGGGCGACAAAUUAAAAACCGAACGUUCUCGACCCCGAAUUACAUGCUUAUUGACAAGCCGUAUUCUAAGCCAAGUUACAUUACAUUCUAAGACGCGGUAGAGGUGUCGUAGCGCCUCGCAAAAACGAGCGUAUUGUCUGAAAAAGCAAGCCGAGAGCGUUGAAAAAAAACGGUUGUAAAGGAAAGAUGAAACAUUUGGGGAAAGGAGAUGGGUUGAUGGAACGGUUCGUAAAGUACAAUCUUUUGAUGGAAACGUCGGGUGAUUGUUGUGGAAAAGAUGCGCGCCGGCGGGCAUCAAAGUUCAUGCGGGUACAGACUGAAAACUGGGAUAGUUCGCAGUGUUUCACAAGAAUAUUGUGUUAUAUAUAGUUUCAACGAUCAAAUGUUGAUGAAAUUUGGCAAAAAGGAGCAGAGGUUUCUAGAAAAUCUUUGAGAGUCCUAGCCUGCGCUUUGUCUACAUGACCGAGAUUUCUUGCCUAAACGUAAACUACCAAGCUGGCUACGGAAGGGACAAGAUGAAUAGAGACGAAUUGGAUCCUAAAAAUGCUUGAAGGCCGCUGAAUUUGUUGCUAUAAAUAUAACCAGAGAUUGCCACGGUCAAAAUUUUGGCUCCGGCUCCGGCUCUGGCUCCCGGCUCGGAGCCGAGGCCAAAUUUGCAGCUCCGGCUCCGGCUCCCGGCUCCCGGCUCCGGCUCCGGCUCCCGGCUCCGGCUCCGGCUCCCGGCUCCGGCUCCCGGCUCCGGCUCCGGCUCCGGCUCCGGCUCCGGCUCCGGCUCCCGGCUCCGGCUCCGGCUCCGGCCCCCGGCUCCGGCUCCGGCUCCCGGCUCCGGCUCCCGGCUCCGGCUCCCGGCUCCCAUGAAAAAUUUAUAA